CCGACCAAUUGCGCAUGCGCAAAUAUAUCAAAACACUGACAGAGGAGAGAUGAUUUUAUGAGGUUGUGUGAACAAAGCAAUUCUCUAUCAAGCGUGCAGUGGCUUCAUUUUAAUAUUCGAACAUUAGUUCAAUAAACGACCUGAGGAUGGACAACGUUACGGCGUCCGCAGCAGGGGGGACUACGGAGUGUCCUCUGGUCUCAGAAGACAUGGAGGGAAUCUGUGUGAUGCCUGAUUUGAGUACCAUAAAGACUGAGCAGUCGGUGGGUGCAACCCCAGAUGACACAAAUCCUCAAAAUGUGGCCAUGGGCAUCAAGUUCAUUUUGCCCAACCGCUUUGAUAUGAAUGUUUGCUCAAGAUUUGUGAAAUCACUCAACGAGGAAGACAGCAAGAACAUCCAAGACCAGGUGAACUCUGAUCUGGAAGUGGCUUCUGUUUUAUUCAAAGCUGAGUGCAAUAUCCAGACUUCACCCUCACCAGGCAUACAAGUACGUCAUGUUUACACACCAUCCACCACCAAACAUUUUUCUCCUAUAAAACAGUCUACCACACUCACCAAUAAACACAGAGGCAAUGAAGUUUCCUCCACUCCUCUUUUGGUGCACUCUUUAUCUAUUCAUCAGCUGGCAGCCCAAGGAGAAAUGGUGUUUUUGGCAAGCAGGAUUGAACAAGAGACUGUAAUCAAUCUCCAAGAUGAGGAGGGUUUUACCCCGUUGAUGUGGGCAGCUGCACAUGGACAAAUAGCUGUUGUUGAGUUUCUACUUCAGAAUGGUGCCGACCCCAACCUCCUGGCUAAAGGGAGGGAAAGUGCAUUGUCCUUGGCCUGCAGUAAGGGGUACACAGAUAUUGUGAAGAUGCUCAUUGACUGUGGAGUGGAUGUCAAUGAAUAUGACUGGCCUGGCAGGCAUGUGUCCCACUGUCCACAGCUGCCCCGAAUGAUGCUGCUGAUGAGGCUAUGUAGGGCUCCAAUGACGAACAGCCCGCCUUCCGAUAACGAGCCGGCCAAUCCAGGUGCCAGAAUGGAGGAGCGCCUCUCCUGUACGCUGUCCAUGGCAACCAUGUGCGCUGUGUUGAAAUCUUGUUGGAAAGUGGUGCUGAUCCUACCAUUGAAUCAGACUCUGGAUUUAAUGCAAUGGAUAUGGCUGUGGCUAUGGGCCAUCGAAAUGUUCAACAGGUGAUGGAGGCACACUUACUGAAGCUACUGAUGGGAAUCAGAGAAUGAACGUGGGGAGAGCAAAUACCAGAAGGACAUUGCUAGUUGCUGGACAAUCAUAUCAUGCCAUGGAAACGGUCUGCAGGGAUAUUUAGCUCCUUUAGGAGAUAAUCCUACAGCAUUGCAUCAUUUAUUUAUUUAUUUUGUUGGCCUGAUGCACAUGAAGAUUUGUGCUGUGAGUUUUUGAUUAUAAUCCUCUUUCAAAUUGUCAUCCUUUGCACUUUUUUCUUACAUACCUGGGCAGUUGAAGUGUAAUCAGAACACACUGACAGAUUCACUCACUGUUAAAUAAACCAUGAGGGUUUGUUGGUCCUCUUGCCAUAAUAAUUUUCCCGUUCCCCUUUCCCACCUGUGUUUUUUCUAAACUGUUUACCAGAGUGCUAAUGGUUUUUAAGGUUAAAAUAAUUUUAUGUUACAUGUUCAGUUUAGCCUCAUAGUCGGGCAAUUUGGUCUUCGUAGUGAACAAAUCUCUGAGGCACACUAUAAACUGUUUAAUAUAUGACGCUGCCAAGCUGUUUGAGUAUUUACUAAAAGAGCUUUGUUUGUUUGUACUGGAUUUAUUUAUUUGAAUAAUUUAGACCGUUAUGGGUCCAUUGAUGUUGAGAUGUGUUGUGAAUUUUAAAAGACCUCACACUGCAAUUAUAUAUCCCACAGGGACAUUGGUGUUUGUGAGUUAGUUUUUUUAACAAGUGUAUUUAGAAGGGACAGUGAUUGUUAAUGAAAAUUACAUGAAAGCAUGUUAUGUAAACACCCCGGAUUUUAGUCAAAAGGGUAAAUUUCAUCCAUUGUCCCUGUAGCAGUUGUACCAGUCAUAAUAAGUUAUGUUAAAAAAAAAUAACCACUUUGGUGUCAGUUGUCUUUCUGUAAAGAUAUUUCUCCAAGUGAGUGUGUGAAAUCAGUGUUUAUAGUUACUGAAAUGAAGCUGCCAUAGGCAUUAAUCUGUAUAGCUGAACUAAAAGCUGGAUAAUACCAUGUUUUUGUUUCACUAACAGUAAUUUACUGUGGUAUUCUACUAACCUACACUGAAAAGUGUUAGAUUUUAAAUAAAAUGAAGAAACCUUGCAAAUAUAAAUUAAAAAUAAAAAUAUUAAACAUAAGUUUAUAAAAUAUAUUAACAUUUGUUUAUGGGAACUUUGAGAGCUAUCAGUCAGAUAGUUCUGUGUGUUGUAGAGCUCAAAUUUUAUGCAGUUUUUUCAGUACUUUCACAAAAGGUACUGCUAGGAAUUUAAUUUCAUGCUAUAAUUAACUAAAAAUAAAAUGGGUUGUGCACAUUAGUCUUAUGGGGACAAUUCUGAAAAUUGCUAAUUACAGGUUAGCUGAUUAUCACAAUGAUGUUAUGCUAGAGAAACGACUAACACUUAUAUUCCUUUAGAUGUGUUGCAGUGUGAAAAAUAUAUAUUUUUAUUGUAUAGCAAGCAGUGCUUUUGUCCACAGCUUUGUGGAUUAUUAUUCAUCUAAAUGUAUUUAAAUAAUGUGAGAAUAACUGAUUCUGUAAAUGGGGAAUGCAUAGAUUAUACCAUCUCUAAAACACCC